AUGAGCGACGAGGUAAAAGGAAAAAAGCAGGAGAAAAAGGACCAAUCCUUGCGGGUGCAAAUCCUCGUUUAUCGCUGCAUGGGCAUCGAUUUGUGGAGCCCCACGAUGGCGAAUGACCGCCCGUGGCUGACCUUUGUCACAAUGGGACCACUUUUCCUGUUCAUGGUGCCCAUGUUCCUGGCCGCCCACGAGUACAUCACCCAGGUGAGCCUGCUCUCCGACACCCUGGGCUCCACCUUCGCCAGCAUGCUCACCCUGGUCAAGUUUCUGCUCUUCUGCUAUCAUCGCAAGGAGUUCGUCGGCCUGAUCUACCGCAUCAGGGCCAUUCUGGCAAAAGAAAUCGAAGUGUGGCCUGAUGCGCGCGAAAUCAUCGAGGUGGAGAACCAAAGUGACCAAUUGCUCAGUCUUACGUACACCCGCUGUUUUGGACUGGCUGGAAUCUUUGCGGCCCUGAAGCCCUUUGUGGGCAUCAUACUCUCCUCGAUUCGCGGCGACGAGAUUCACCUGGAGCUGCCCCACAACGGCGUUUACCCGUACGAUCUCCAGGUGGUCAUGUUUUAUGUGCCCACCUAUCUGUGGAAUGUGAUGGCCAGCUAUAGUGCAGUAACCAUGGCACUCUGCGUGGACUCGCUGCUCUUCUUUUUCACCUACAACGUGUGCGCCAUUUUCAAGAUCGCCAAGCAUCGGAUGAUCCACCUGCCGGCGGUGGGCGGAAAGGAGGAGCUGGAGGGGCUCGUCCAGGUGCUGCUGCUGCACCAGAAGGGACUCCAGAUCGCCGAUCACAUAGCGGACAAGUACCGGCCGCUGAUCUUUCUGCAGUUCUUUCUGUCCGCCCUGCAGAUCUGCUUCAUUGGAUUCCAGGCGGCUGAUCUGUUUCCCAAUCCGCAGAGUCUCUACUUCGUCGCCUUUGUCGGCUCGCUGCUCAUCGCGCUGUUCAUCUACUCGAAGUGCGGCGAAAAUAUCAAGAGUGCCAGCCUGGAUUUCGGAAACGGGCUGUACGAGAGCAACUGGACCGACUUCUCGCCACCCACCAAGAGAGCCCUCCUCAUCGCCGCCAUGCGCGCCCAGCGACCUUGCCAGAUGAAGGGCUACUUUUUCGAGGCCAGCAUGGCCACCUUCUCGACGAUUGUUCGCUCUGCCGUGUCGUACAUUAUGAUGUUGCGCUCCUUUAAUGCCUAAAAAGGACAUCAAAAUGGG